AUGGAUGAUCUGAAGAGUGAGCGUCAGCGGAUGAUCCGGCGCCACCACCGCGAGAAGAAAGAGCUGCAGGCCCGCAUCCAGGGCAUGAAGAACUCGGUCCCCGAGAACGACAAGAAAAAAAGAAAGCAGUUGCUCCUAGAUGUGGCUCGCCUUGAAGCCGAGAUGGAUCAGAAGCACCUCCAGGAGCUGGAGAAGUUCAGCGAGAGCUUCCCUGACAACAGCAACGUCGAUACUGUCACUGAAGAUCUCGCCAAAAUGGAUCUCGAGAACCAGCCUCCCCACCUCUCCCGGGCACAGAGAAGGCGCGAAAGAAGGGUGUCCCUCGAAAGAGAGCACCAGGAGAGGAUCGCCAAGGCCGAGAUGGAGUACCUGGCCAGCUACCGCCGCGAGGAGGAGGAGAAGCUGUCCGUCAUCCUAGGGGCUAAGAAUCUGGAGAUGAAGGCUAUCCCGGCUGAUGGCCACUGCAUGUACCGCGCCAUCCAAGACCAGCUGGUGUUCUCCGUGACCGUGGAGAGCCUGCGGAGCCGCACCUCCGAGUACAUGAGGAAGCACAUCGACGACUUCCUGCCCUUCUUCAGCGACCCCGAAACCUGCAACCCCUAUAGCCGCGAGGACUUCGUGAGCUACUGCCACAACAUCGUGCGCAGCGCGUCAUGGGGAGGCCAGCUCGAGCUGAGGGCCCUGUCUCACGUCCUGAAGACCCCCAUCGAGGUGAUCCAGGCCGAUUCGCCCAUUGUGGUCGUCGGGGAGGAGUACAAGAAGAAGCCGCUCACCCUGGUCUACCUGCAAUACUCCUGCAACCUCGGGGAGCACUACAACUCAGUGAAGCCGCUCCAAGCGGGCGCCGUCGGAGGCGCGGCACCACGCCUCUUCUAG